AUGUACAAGAAGCCGAAACUGCCCUGCCUGCCGGGAUUCAACUUUAACGAUGACAUCGGUAAAACUCACUUCCACCGGGCGCAACACUUCGACCGCAUCCACGGCGACGUCUACUAUCUCGCCGACAAGCCCAACCGAUCCUCCUCCUCCGCCUCGGGCAGCAGCAGCCGCUAUCCGGCAUUAUACGCCUGGGGCGAGGAGCUGCCCAGGGUCGCCUGGCUCGAGCUCGACGGCCAGCGGCUCCAGUUCAAGGCCUACUUCGAGGAGCUGCUGUGGGAGGGCCGCACGGCGCGUCGCGUGCGCUACGUCACGAUCGGCUUCUUCCUCGAGGACGGCACCCUCAAAAUAAGCGAGCCCUCGACGGACAACAGCGGCCUCGAGCAGGGCGUGCUCGUGCGCCGUCAGCGGGUGCCACUCCCGGAUCCGGUGCACUAUCGCUACCACGACAUACUCGAUCUCAAUAUCGGCGAGCAGCCGGUGAUCUACGGCAGGCGCUACACGAUCUACGACUGCGAUCCGUUCACGAGGCGUUUUCUCAAUCGGAUGGGCAUAGCCGUGCCGGAUCCGUUCGAGCCGCCCAAGAAUCCGGUCGACGAUUUGGCGAGGCCACGACCAGCGGCGGCAGUAACGGCAGCGGCUGCCAAUUGCCCGAAGAAGCACGACAAGCUCGGCGACUUUCUCAAGUACGACGGCAAGAUACUGCGCUUCUACGGCUACUGGGACGACCGGGACAGUCUCUACGGCUACGUGCACGACCUCGAGAUACUGUUCUACCUGGCCGACGGCACCAUGGAGAUAGUCGAGAAUCUGCCGGGCGGCGGCGGCGGCCGCUCCCUCCUCGUCAAGCGCGUCAAGGUGCCUCGCUUCUUUCGCGAGAUGCCGCCGAUCGGCCAUCACGAGGAGCUCACUCUGCUCAACGUCCUCGGCGAGAGCACCCGACGCAGCUACUACGUGGCCGACAAGUCUUGGUCGACCAACGAUUCCUGCCAAGGUGCUCUGGAGGGAUACUACGAGGAGUGCGAUCUGCAGCUGGGCGCCCAGCUCAACGUCUACGGCAGACUCGUCGUGCUCACGGACAUGGACGACUACACCAGGCAGUACUACAGGGUCAAGUACGGGCUGGAGGAUUUCACGCCCAAGCCGAGGCCCGACGACGAAGCAAAGGGGAGGAAGGGAGGAUGCGUCGGCGAGCGCGAGUGGUACAUACCGCCCUACAACGGCUACGGGACGUACGAGGACUCGCUGGGCAAUUGCUUCAAGGCCGUGCCCAAGAGGCCCAAGUACAGCACCGACAAGUACUACAGAUACGAAAAUCAAUCCAACGACAAUCGCAUCCUGCGAUUCGGGGCCAAGAUGAUAAGCGACGUAGCCGCCAACGACGAUCGCUGCUUCGUCAUUUCGCUGUACUUGUUCGACGGCACGAUCGCAAUUAGCGAAGUCAGUUGUAAAAAAACAGGCCACACGUUGAGUCUGUUUCAAAAGCGCAUGUUGAUGCGUCUGCCGGGCCAGGAUCCGUUCAGCAGCGAGAAGCCGAAAUAUUACGGCGCCGAGCAUCUGUAUCUCGGCGCGGUGGUCGAGCUCAACAGCUUCAAGUUCUUCAUCGAGUCGGCCGACGAGUACACCCUCAAUUACAUGGAGCGCCACAGCAGUCAGUUCCCGAAAGCCAACGCGACCCUGAUCAUGAACAAGAUACGCGACAAGCUGCGCCCGGUCUAUCGGGAAUUCGUGACCGAGCACGCGCCCCAGUCCGGCAGCUACGUCAUCGAGCUCGGCGAUCUCAAAGCCGCCCUGAGGAAGUAUCUCGGCUCCUCGCCCCCCGACCUGCUGACCGAUCACGAGAUCGUCACGCUGGGGCGUCGCUACUCGUACUGCGAGCCGAGGCAGGAGGCGGCCUGCGAGCGCGACUACGUGCGCGCCCUGGUGCACGCCGAGCUGCUGCGCGACAACUGGUCGGGCCUCGAGCGACUCGCCGAGGAUCUCAGACACUUCGAUCGCGGCCAGAGCGGUUAUCUGGGCCGCGAGAGGCUGUAUCAGAUUAUCAGGGCCAACAGGCUGCCGCUCGAGAAAGAAUUGAUUCACCUGAUGUUCGACAGACUGGAGAGGAACUGCGCGGGUGAGAUCGAUUACGUCGACUUGCUGAAAUUUCUCGACGUCAAAUUGGAUCCACCGACGCCCGUCGUACCGGUCAACGUCAAGGUACUCAAGUGCUCGUCCCGCGGCGAGCGUGCCAAAGACUGCCAGAUCGUCGACUGGAUCUGGUUCAUACGCGAUCUGGAUCUGGAGAAGGAGCAGCAGCCCAGGAGCGAGUCGCCGCUCAUGCAGGACGGCGUGUGCGACUGCAACGACAACUAAAAGGAGAAUACGCAUAGAGUUCGAACAUCGGGAUGAAAUCGAUACAGCGGGUUCGAGCAAAGGAAGAGAACUCGAUGUUUAUGCUACAAUUACGAGAUGCUUUAUUUCGAAUAUAAUAAUAAUAAUAUACAUGUAUCAAUCGAGCUUACAAUACGAUAAUCGCAAUAAUACAUUUGCCAGUGACAGUGGGAGUCUAUUUACACACAACGUUGUACGAUGUUUACGGAAAUGCUUACACAAUUGUAUCAAAUAUUCUAGCGCUACAGGCUUAGUUACGAAUUAUAUGAUAAC